AUGGAGCAUGAUGCUCGAUUCCUAUCUGCAGAAGAGGUUGAGGCUGGAGAAAAUUCGAGGAGUGUUCCGGAGUCACAAUACAGGCACUCAUCGAGCCUUAACUAUGAUGAGGACGAUGGGGUUAUUUACGAUUCACAUGGGGAGCCUUCACAUCUGAAUAUCGUGGCCGGUCUGAAAUUUGAGACAGGUGAGCAAUUUAAAGAGGCUGUGUCUGAUUAUUGCAUCUCGAUAGGAGCUGAUAUCAAGUGGAACAUCAGUACGGAUAAGAAGAAGAGGGCAGUGUGUAGGCAGAACUGUGGGUGGUAUGUGUAUGGAAGUUGGCAUGGAGGGCGACAGUGCUUCAUGGUGAAGAAUGUAGGGUCGAGGCACUCUUGCCCACGUGCCCUUAGAAUGAAAGGGGCCAAUGCUGUUUGGGCUGCCAAGCGCUACAUUGGGAGGUUUUAA